AUGUUUAAGCACAGGAGAAGAAAUUCAGUGCAGAUUCUGAAGAUGCUGCUGAAUUUUGCAUCUAUUUCUCUACUUUUCUUGUUCUGCAAUGGGGGUGAGUUCUCAGAAUCCACGUCUUUAUCGAAUUUCAUUCGUGCUGUUGAUCCUGAAAAUCGACUGAGGAUUGACAGGAACACGCUAUUGUUGCAUCCCUGUUCGUAUAAACUGAAGGGUAUUAUAUGUGAUUUACGUGCCACGACUGUGGUAGAGAUCAGGCUUGUUAAUUUGAGCCUCACUGGAAUAUUGGAUGUGGAUUAUAUGUGCAAACUGCAAAAUUUGAGAGUGCUUAGUUUGGCUAGAAAUUGCAUUAAGGGCACUAUUCCUAACUCGAUAUCGAAGUGCACAAGUUUAAGAUAUUUAGAUUUAAGUAGAAAUUCUUUAAGUGGGAAUGUACCAGUAGUUCUUACCAAGCUAAAGAAUCUCAGAAGAUUAGAUAUUUCGGAAAAUCAUUUCACUACCGUUGUCCAUAUUACUACACAAAAAGUCAUACGGGUUAAGGAGAAACCACUUCAUUCGCGCAGGUUUAAGGAUAAUUUUCCUCGAAAAGAAUCAGAAACAGGAUACGUGAUGGCUCCAAUUUCACUAAUGCCACGACGUACUAGGCAAGACGAGGGGAAAAGCAAAAUGUAUAAAAGAUGGGGUAUAGGGAUUCUUGUAUUUCUUGGAUUUACAAUUAUCUUGCUGCUGGUAGUACUUUUCUUGUACACGAGGGCAGUUAGAGGGGCAAAAGAAACCGAGACUUUAAAGACGCUCGCUCAGUCGCCUUCGAAAUCUCCUCCAAUCGAAGUAAUGGACGAGCAGAAGCCAGAAGAAAGACUUUCAGAGCUCGUGUUCUUUGUCGAAAAGGAAGAAUGGUUCGAAUUGGAAGAUCUUUUGGGAGCUGCAGCUGAUUUGCAUACACAAAGCCUCUGGAGCAGCCUUUACAUGGUACAACUAAAGAACAAUGCCAUAUAUGCUGUCAAGAGAUUGACGAAACUCAAGGUGUCUUUUGAGGAGUUUGGCUUGACAAUGGGAAAGAUAGGCAACUUAAAGCAUCAAAAUAUCCUUCCUCUAGUUGGCUACAAUUCUACAGAUGGGGAAAAACUUUUGAUUUAUAGAUAUCAGAAGAAUGGGAGCCUCCUAACCCUGUUUGAGAGCUACAUACAGGGCGAAAGGAAUUUUCCAUGGAAGCUUCGGCUAUCCAUGGCAGUCGGGAUAGCAAGAGGUUUGGACUUCAUAUAUCGAAGAUUUGAUGAUCACUACGAAAUCAUCCCUCAUGGGAACAUAAAGCUUUCAAAUAUCCUGUUAUCUGACAGUGAAGAACCAUUGAUUAGUGAAUAUGGAUACUCAAAUUUUCUUGACCAAAGUCUCUUCAAGUCGAAUAGAUAUACAGCCCCGGAGAAAACUUUAAGUGAAAAGGCCGACGUUUUUAGCUUUGGAGUAAUUCUUUUGGAGUUGUUAACUGGCAAAAUUGUUGAGAGUGGAUUAGACCUUCCGAGGUGGGUGAAGUCCAUGGUGAGAGACGAAUGGACCGGAGAGGUGUUCGACUGGGAGGUUUCCAACGUCGAAAUGUAUGCUUUCCCCUUGCUGAAUGUCUCCAUGAAUUGUGUAGUAAAUCAUCCCGAGGAUAGGCCUUCCAUUGCUGAAGUUCUCUUGAAGAUAGAGGAGGUUGUCAGUUCUCAACAAGAUUGA